UGUGUUGUUGGCCGCCAGAGGAGCGGCGGGCUUUGGUUUCUUCUUCAUCUCGUGUCAGCGGCGGCGGCGGCCCUGCUGCCGCUGCUGUCACGAGAUGCCUCGGUUUGAAGCGGGACCUUGAGGGGCGCGGGAAGGAAGAGCGGCACGCAGGAAACAAAGACUCUCGGAGAGGAGUUGCUCAGGGGCCCGCGGGGUGCACCAGCCGAGCAGAAGCAUUCCGGAGAGCUCCGCCGUCGAAGUCGAACAAAGGGGCAAAGGAGCGUCAAGAGAGGAAGGAUUCUCCCGUGUGCGGCCCGCCCGGUCAGCUCCCUCGGCCCGACUCACUUCGACCGGGCACCUCCCCGUAUUUCUGUGGGGAACGUCUGCUGCGUCUAAGCUCCUUGCCCUCGGCGGGGAGUGGGUGGUUCGAAAAAGGAGCGGUGGGGCAACCAUUACCUCAGAAUGGCCUCUGGGUAGAUGGCUAGAAGCGUGGGCUGUGUGAAACCGAGUCACCGCGAGGAAGCCGGGAGCGAUCUUCUGAGAAGCCGAAUAUAGAACAUGCUAACCUACAGACUAACUGAUUGAAGAGAAACAGGAAGCAGCACCCCAUUCAUAACAACAUGGGAAAUACAACUACUAAAUUUCGUAAAGCACUUAUAAAUGGAGAUGAAAAUUUGGCCUGCCAGAUUUACGAGAGCAACCCUCAACUAAAAGAAUCUUUGGAUCCUAAUAUUUCUUAUGGAGAACCUUAUCAGCAUAAUACUCCAUUACAUUAUGCCGCUAGGCAUGGGAUGAAUCGAAUAUUGGGGACAUUUCUUUUUGUGAGGGAUGGUAACCCAAAUAAACGGAAUGUGCACAAUGAAACGUCUAUGCACUUACUUUGUAUGGGACCUCAGAUUAUGAUAUCUGAUGGAGCUCUUCAACCUCGGUUAACCAGACCAUUUGAAGAUGAUUUAAGAAGAGCAGAUUGUCUACAGAUGAUCCUAAAAUGGAAAGGAGCGAAACUUGACCAAGGAGAAUAUGAAAGAGCAGCUAUCGAUGCUGUUGAUAACAAAAGAAAUACACCUCUGCACUAUGCUGCUGCCUCAGGAAUGAAGACCUGUGUAGAGCUUUUGGUAAAACAUGGAGGAGACUUAUUUGCUGAAAAUGAAAACAAAGAUACUCCUUGUGACUGUGCAGAGAAGCAGCACCACAAAGAACUGGCACUCAACCUAGAAUCUCAGAUGGUGUUCUCGCGAGAUCCUGAAGCUGAAAGUAUUGAAGCUGAAUAUGCUGCUUUAGACAAAAAAGAGCCAUAUGAAGGGCUACGACCUCAGGACUUGCGAAAGCUUAAAGAUAUGCUGAUUGUAGAAUCUGCUGACAUGCUUCAGGCCCCACUGUUUACUGCAGAAGCUUUGCUACGAGCACAUGAUUGGGACAAGGAGAAGUUACUUGAAGCUUGGAUGUCCAAUCCAGAGAAUUGUUGCCAACGUUCUGGUGUUCAAAUGCCAACUCCACCUCCAAGUGGAUAUAAUGCCUGGGACACACUUCCUUCACCAAGAACUCCUCGGACUACUCGCUCUUCUGUCACCUCUCCAGAUGAAAUAAGCCUUUCACCAGGGGACAUUGAAACAACCAUGUGUGAAAUUUGUAUGUGUAAUAUUUCUGUAUUUGAAGACCCAGUGGAUAUGCCUUGUGGACAUGAGUUUUGUAGAGCAUGUUGGGAGGCGUUUUUGAAUAUGAAGAUUCAAGAAGGUGAAGCUCAUAAUAUUUUUUGCCCAGCAUAUGAUUGCUUCCAGCUUGUUCCAGUGGAGAUAAUAGAAAGUGUGGUUUCCAAGGAGAUGGAUAAACGCUACCUUCAAUUUGAUAUUAAGGCCUUUGUUGAAAAUAAUCCUUCAAUUAAAUGGUGUCCUACACCAGCCUGUGAAAGAGCAGUCAGGCUAACAAGACAAGGGUCAAAUACGACUGGUUCAGAAGCACUUAAUUUCCCAUUGCUAAGAGCCCCUGCUGUGGAUUGUGGGAAGGGGCAUCUCUUCUGCUGGGAGUGUCUGGGUGAAGCACAUGAACCCUGUGACUGUGAAACAUGGAAAAACUGGCUGCAAAAGAUAACUGAAAUGAAACCAGAAGAGCUUGUGGGAGUUAGUGAGGCUUACGAAGAUGCUGCCAACUGUUUAUGGUUACUCACAAACUCUAAACCAUGCGCCAAUUGCAAAUCUCCAAUUCAGAAGAAUGAAGGCUGCAACCAUAUGCAGUGUGCAAAAUGUAAAUAUGAUUUCUGUUGGAUUUGCCUGGAAGAAUGGAAGAAACAUAGUUCUUCCACUGGAGGUUAUUAUAGAUGUACUCGCUAUGAAGUAAUUCAGCACGUAGAGGAACAGUCUAAGGAAAUGACAGCAGAGGCUGAAAAGAAACACAAAAGAUUUCAAGAACUUGAUAGAUUUAUGCACUAUUACACAAGGUUUAAGAACCAUGAGCUCAGCUAUCAAUUAGAACAGCGCCUUCUCAAAACAGCCAAAGAAAAGAUGGAGCAGCUAAGCAGAGCUCUCAGUGGAACUGAAGGAGGUUGCCCAGAUACUACGUUCAUUGAAGAUGCAGUACAUGAACUCCUUAAAACUCGACGCAUCCUGAAGUGUUCUUACCCAUAUGGAUUCUUUCUAGAACCAAAAAGCACAAAGAAAGAAAUAUUUGAACUUAUGCAGACAGACCUUGAAAUGGUUACAGAGGACCUUGCUCAGAAAGUGAACAGGCCUUACCUGCGUACACCUCGUCAUAAAAUUAUCCGUGCAGCAUGCCAUGUGCAGCAAAAGAGGCAAGAGUUCUUGGCCUCUGUAGCUCGGGGAGUUGCUCCUGCAGAUUCUCCAGAAGCUCCAAGGCGCAGCUUUGCUGGUGGAACAUGGGAUUGGGAAUAUUUAGGAUUUGCAUCCCCUGAGGACUAUGCUGAAUUUCAGUAUCGGAGAAGGCAUAGACAACGUCGACGUGGAGACAUGCACAGUCUACUUAAUAAUGCUCCAGACCCUGAUGACCCUAGCGAGAGCACACUAGAUACACAAGAAGCUGGCAGUAACAGAAGACAUGGUAAUUCCAUGGUGAGUUCAGCUUCCAUGAGUAUCCUUCACAGCUCUUCUCUUCAUGACUAUACUCCUGUUAGUCACUCUGAAAACCAAGACUCUCUGCAGGCUCUGAGUUCCUUGGAUGAAGAUGACCCAAACAUCCUGCUUGCUAUUCAGUUGUCCUUGCAAGAAUCUGGCUUAGUUAUUGAUGAGGAAACUAGAGACUUCCUGACCAAUGAAGCUUCUUUAGGGGCGAUAGGUACUUCUUUGCCUACAAGGUUAGACUCUGGUCCCGUAAAUAUAGAUAAUCCCAGAGCAGCUCUUAGUAGCUCUGAACUUUUAGAACUUGGUGACAGUCUGAUGAAACUGAGUGCAGGCAGUGAUCCCUUUUCAGCUGACCACCUUAGUUCUCACACCUUCAGUGAUGCAAGAAGCGGCUUGUAUUCAACAUCUAGUGAAGCUGAUUCAAGUAGCCAAGACCCCAAUAUAAAUGAAAAUCUCCUUGGAAACAUAAUGGCCUGGUUUCAUGAUAUGAACCCUCAGAGUAUUGCACUCAUUCCUUCAGCAACUACAGAAACAGAUGACGAUUCACUGCAACCCAGUACUGAAGAUGGUUCAGGGGAGCAACCACAUCUUCUUGAUGUAAGGCAGGAUCCUCUGGAGGAGCAUGCACUUUUUGAGGAUGCACUCAAAAAUGAAGGGAGAGGAACCCAAACAGAAGACACUGCUGCUUCUGGGGACAUGAUUACAGGAGAAACAGUGCCACAAACUGGGGACUCUACUGGGAUAGCAGCCAGCCAAGUUGAUGUUUCAGGAGAUGUUUCAAGUCAAACAUCUCCAACCUCAACUGAAUGGACUGAACAUGUACAUUUGGUGUGAUCAUAAAAAGUUUGAAUAGAGGAAUUGAUGAUGGAGCCACAAUGGCUAGGCAGUUACCAGCGGUACACUAUGUGGAGUAAGCAUUCUGGAGACUUUGGCCCAUAAAGUCAGAGUUUGGUUGUUAAUCAGUGUUGUAGAGAUGGAAUAAAUGGGAAUUCCCUUGAAGUUCCUUUUGAUCCUUGUGAGCCUUUCAGGGAAUUUCAAUUAUAUUUGAUGGUAAGAGUCUUACUUGCUUUGAAGAGAGAGGAAUAGUUUGUACUCCACAUUCCUAAUACAAUGCAGCAUCUAUUUAGCCUUAGGCUGGUGAUCCUUAACUUGAAAGUAUGGAUUAAAGGCUUACUGAAACUCAUUUGUGUUAUUGAUCCUAAUACAUCAUUUUCUUUGUUUUCCCCCACUUGAAUUGUCUUUUAAUGACACAAUAUUUAGUAGUCUAUUUUUUAUACUUUGCUUUUCCCUAGUUUUCCCCCAACUAAUCUCUAAUAAAGCAGUGUAAAUUGAGGUAUAUGAUACUUCUCUUUAGUACUGCUUCAGAACCCAAGGAAUGGAUAUUAUUUUCUAAUUAAAUUAAACCUUUUAACAUCUUCAUGUCUAUUUACAGUACAGAUGUGCCAAACUGUGAAUCAAAAACCAACACAAAAAAUAUGCAGUAUCGCUCUUGUAAAGCUAAACCAUAAUUCUUAGUUUGGAAGAUGGAAAGACCACUUGAAAGAAUUAUUUUUCCAAAUUUAACUGGCAUUUAUUGCCAUGAUGACUGCAUUAACAGAACCUCUACCUUAAGUUACUUAAGCAUAAUUCUACUGUUAAGAACAGUUAUUCUAAACGAUUAACAGCAAAUAUGCUGUAUUGAAAAGACACUUUAAUGGAAGUGCAAUCAUAGUUUUGUUUUUCAUAAUUAACAAUGCAUUUUAUGCACUAAUAGUGCAGUUGGUUUUAAUGGUUACAUUUUAUAAAAUAAAGAUAUUUGAAAUUUCCUUAAGUUAGAGGCAUUCCCAUAAGAUUGAAUACACAUUACAUGCAACAUGUUACUGUGCCUUUGCCUAACCCAAAUAGAUAGUUGCCACAGUUAAAUGAGUAAUAGUUAUCUGUUCUGAAGUUUACUAUGCUAUGAAUUGCAAAAACCUCCAUAAAAACCACUCAUGGCCUUGCCUUUCCAGUAUAUAAUUACAUAGGGUAUGAUCCUUUCUCAUACAUGUGCAAUUCUCUCUUAUAGAAGGAUUUCCAUAAAGCUCAACUGAGUCUUAUUUUUUCCUUUCUGUGUCCCAGCUCUGGCAUGUGUCUGUGUGUGCCUCACAUAUACCUAUCUAGGCCUCUUGCUCCACUCAGUCAAGUUCUGUGAGUUCACUUUGUUUAACUUUGUUGAGCAAAUAGGAAAGAGCAGGAAUAGGGAAUUGCAUCCCCACUGGUUGCACACACUCUGAGAGGGAAGAGACAGACAGAACUCUUUAAUAGCCUUGCACAGUACCGCACUCUCCAGAUAUAUUUGGACAAGAACUCUCAUGUCUAGUGAGAAUAUGAAUUGCAGUCCAAUGCAUCUGGAAGGCUGCUUUGGAAGAUCUGUAUGCACACACUGUACCUGUCCAAGGAAGUAUCAUACCCUAAGUGUCCAGAGUUUUUAUAUAAAUAGCAGAACACUACUGUGUAUUCUUUCGAUUGCACAAUAUUCGUUUGGUGUGUGAUUGCUGUUUCAUGUAUAAAGAAAAAAAUAACUUCCCUAGUGGUGUCCUACUGUGAAGAAAAUUCUUGUUGAGAUUGGCUUAAAAGCAUCAAAAUCUCAUUGUAAGUUACAGUGAUGCAGUUUGUAAUUUUAACUAGAAGAAAUUGUUUAAAUUAAUAUUUUGCUUGCAUAUAAUAAAGCCUAGGAUAACACAAGCAAAAUAAGUGAAAUACUCCAUUUUUCUGUUUGACGACAUGAGAGAUCAUCUGAUGUCCAUUAUAAAGGUUUCUCGCUACUGACUGUAUAUAGUAAAGUAUUAUGAUGGCAAAUAAGGUUGUAUGUAAUAUUGAUUACCAUAAGUUACAAGAAAAAAGUGUUAACCCUUUUUCAUUUAAAGAUUACAGCUGGAAUCUUACAGUCCCUGUGGCUCAUAAUACUAAAGAACUACAUAUUAAUUAUUUACUCCAAAAUUCAAAAACAGAUAUUUCUUCUGGAAGUAUUCUUAGAAGGAACAGUCUGCUGCUCUGUUACUGUAGUCUGUAGAUCCAUUACAUUUUCUAGCUUGAUUCCCCUAUCCUGAAAAUAUUAAUGUUGAACUCCCUUUUCCAGCCUCAGAAAAGUCUAUUCAAACAACUGACUGGUAUCAAAUCCCUUUAACUUAAAAUAAGUCUUCAAGAUUCUGUCUUCACUAAUUGCUCUUAUACAUUAAUUUGAAAUGCACAUACAGCUUCCUUGAGUUCAAAUUUUCAAAUAGGAUAAUUCAUACAAAUUUUAUGUAUUACAUUAAGAUGUCUUGCAAAGCUAAGAGAAGAUAUGUAUGAGUGCUCUCUGUGAUGAUAGUGAAGUUUGUGGGUUCUGGUUUUUCUGUAACUUGAUUUAGAUUGUGCAGUAUAUUCCAUUGUUUGUGUUAACUUUAUUCUGAGCAUGGAAUUUAGCAUAUUAAAUUUGUAUUUUCUUGGUACUUAUUUAAAAUUUAAGACCACCCCAGUAAUUGAAUUUACAAUUCAGAAAGAAAGUUUGGCAAGCCUAUUUUGUAAACCAAUUAAUUUUAUAAUGUAAAAAAUACUCUAAUCUUGAAAAUGCUAUUUGCACUUUCAUAGUCUAUACUUGAUACAUUCCCACUUUAUAUACAGUAGGAUAUUACAACCAUGUAGAUGUUUGGCCAAAUGAAUGCUGUUAAUAAUAUGUAAAAUUCUUUGAUUAAACAUUUAUUACUUAAACUAAUUUAUUCUGGCUCAUUAAUAUUAUAUCUCCCUAACAAAUAUUGGGUUAGAUCAGAGAACUGUGUGGAAGAAACAUUUCUGCAGGAGUUUAUACAGUGCUAUAAUGUGUUCAACAGCAAUUCUUAUGUUUGCACAAGCUUUUUAAGAACACAAUGUUUGGAUUUAGUUCCACUUUUUUUGUAAAGUGUUCUGCUCAAGCUACUGUUCUACAAGACAGUUUCUGUUUGCAGAAAGGCAGCUUUAGAUACAGCAUGUGAAACACUUUGUAACCUAAAUACCUUUAUUCUUCUUCAUGGUCUCUGUUCAAUCACGCAUAUGGGCUUUGCUGUGGAGGACAAGGCCUGGAUCGGAGACAAAAACUUCCAAAGCUCAGCGGAACGGAGUGAGCGGAAGCCCUCACUCCGCUCCUUCCGGAAGUUCCUUUUUGACCACACAUGUAGUCGUCUCAUGGAUCAGAACUUCUCCACUCAGCUACCUUUCUUUUUUCUUCUCUUUCGUAUGGCAUAGCAGAAUGUAGCAUUAUUGCAUAAAAAUCCACUGAAACAAUAGAUAAAAUGUAUAUAAAAUAUAAAUUAUUUUUAAAAGGGACUGUAAAAUACAUAAAUAUCUUGUUUGUGCAGAGAUACCUCAAAAGACAAAAUUAAUGAUUAAUCAAGUUGUUCACCUUAAUAGCUUAAACUGUGUGCCAGAAAUGCUUAGUUUUAAAGUUAACUAUUCUCUAACAACUCAAUUUGAAUUGGUAGAAUGCAAAAUAAUAAAAGGGAUGGUAAAGAUAAAUUUCCAUAGCCAACUCACUAGUCUUAAUCAUCUCAGUCCUGUCAUUUCAAUAUUCUUAAGGUAUAAGUUCACUCACACACACUAAUUACCUAGUUGAUAGAAAAUCAAAAGUGAUACAUGUAUGAAUUGGCCAUCAGAUCAAACAAUUUAACAAGUAGUCACCAGUCAAACAUUUAAUGGCUCCAUGACUUAAUGACUCAACUGAUUUCCAUGAAAGCCCUUGCAGUAUACUUUGACACAGGAUGGACCACUGUCUCCAAGGUUACUCCUCUCAAAUAUGUACCUCAGCCAGUUUGUCCUGUGCUGAGAGUUCGCAUUCUUAUCGCCCACUAAGUUGAACACCAGCAAAAACCUUCCCAUUGCUUUCUUCCAAUGGUCCUCAGCUAUUAAAUUCUGUAAGCAACCCAGGGUGAAGACAGAUAGGAGUGGGAGGGUGAGAUGCAUAAAAAUACUUUGCCAAAAAAAUUGCUGCUGUUAACUUGAAAUGAGAUUAAUGGGUCCUUUGCCUGUAUAUUUUUAAAAGGGAGUGAAUGCCUUAUCAGAGCAGUCAUUUGGCCCUUGUUGAAGUCAAAGUACAAUUCUUGUUCAAAAUUGUUUGCUUGCUAGGAUCCUAAAUGUGUAAAUUUGUAAUUGCUUCUCAUCUUUGUGAAUUGCUAUGAAACUGGGAGAGCUUGAACUCUUGCACAAAAUGGAAAUAAUACAAUAAAAUAAUUUCAGACAUUGAA